AUGUCUUGGAAAUGCGAGAUUUGUAACAAGGUAUUUUCAAAGAAAGGAAAUUUGGUGAAACAUAAAAGAACACAUACUGGAGACAAACCUUACGAAUGCGAUGUUUGCAACAAAAGAUUUUUGCGGUCAGGUGACUUACAUGUACAUAAAAGAACACACACUGGAGAGAAACCUUAUGAAUGUGAUGUUUGUAACAAAAGAUUUUUGAAUUCUGGCAACUUAGCAGUUCAUAAGAGAACGCACACUGGAGAGAAACCUUAUGAAUGUGAUGUUUGCAACAAAAUAUUUUCGUAUUCAGGUGCCUUAACUGUACAUAAAAGAACACACACUGGAGACAAACCUUAUGAAUGUGAUGUUUGCAACAAAAGAUUUUCACAAUCGAGCCACUUAGCUAGGCAUAAAAGAAUGCAUGCUGGAGACAAACCUUAUGAAUGUGAUGUUUGCAAGAAAAGAUUUUCACAGUCAAGUGACUUAACAGUACAUAAUAUGACACAUACUGGAGACAAACCUUAUGAAUGUGAUGUUUGCAACAAAAGAUUUCUGCAUUCAGGCACCUUGACUAUGCACAAAAGAACACACACUGGAGACAAACCUUAUGAAUGUGAUGUUUGCAACAAAACAUUUUCGCAGUCAAGUGCCGUAACUGUACAUAAUAGAACACACACUGGAGACAAACCUUAUGAAUGUGAUGUUUGCAACAAAAGAUUUUCGCAGUCAGGCCACUUAGCUAGACAUAAAAGUACACAUACUAGAGACAAACCUUACAAAUGUAAUGUUUCCAACAAGAGAUUUUCAGAAUCGCACAAGUUAACACAACUUAAAAUAUCAGCACACAAGAGAAACCAGAGUUUUGAGUGUGGUAUCUGCAAGAAGACAUUCACACAACAACAAAGUCUCAAACGUCACUAGAGAUCACACUUGAGAGAUGGCUUAUUAUUGUGCCACACCUGUGGCAAAGAAAUUAUUGAAGGACAAGGAGAUGCUAAUGAGAUACCAAGUGAUGAUCAUUUUGUUUGUGAUAAAUGCAACAAAAAGUUCCCAGAUAUUGAAAGUUUGUAUCAGCACAAGGCCAAAGACCAUGGUGCAUCCUACCAAUGUGAUGUCUGUAAGGAAUUAGAAGCAAUAGAAGCAACUGGUAUUGGUUAUAUCUGUUGUGUCUGUGAUGCUGAGUUUGAAAUUGCCACUGAACUUGAAGAUCAUAUGAGUAUGCAUGAUAAUGUGCUGCCCCACUAGGCAAGAUAAAUUGAAAACAUUUUGGGUGAUAUGUUGUGUUGAAUUUUUUCUUGAAAUUAAUUUGCAAUUGUUUGAAAUUGAUUAACUUGUUUUGGAAUUGUUUUUAAACUUGUAAUUAAAAUAUAGUAUAACUGUUCAACAUGUGACCAAUUGGUUUGAUUUAAUAACCUCUAAUUAGUGUUCCGCACUGAUGAUGUUCCGAAAAUCCGGGGUAGUCCGAACAGUGAAGGCUAGUUUUCACUUAGGAAAAUUAUCUGUUGAUUGGAACGGACAGGGAAAUUUUUCUUUGUGUUAAUUUGUUGGUUCCAACCCAAAGCUCACAAGACAAAGAAAAAAUUUCUUGUCCAUUCCAAUCCACAGAUAAUUUUCCUUAGUUGAAACUAGCCUUAAAUGGAGCAGCCUCAGGGAUGGGAAACAUUUUUCUCACACACGGGAAAAAUGUUUCGUCCAAUCAAAUGACACAACGAUGACGUCAGAGUAAUUUUGUUCUUGGCGGGAAUUUUCCCACCUUUUGUUGUAAUUUUGUUAAUUUCGCCGGAACGUGAACAAAAACUAAUAUUUUGUCACUUUAUAUUGGGACUUUCAGAACAUUAUAAAAAAACAAUGAAAAGGAGGAUGUAACAGGUCAGUGGUUAUAAUUCUGUGUCUGAGAGUCAGUGGCGUAACGUUAUAUCAGGGGGCCCCCGGUUCAAAAUUUUCGAAGGUCCCCCUAGUAGAAGUGCCAAAGGCACGAGUCGAGCGCCGUAUAUGCACGAAAUUUCUAGGGGGUCCAGGGCAUGCUUAUCCGGAAAAUUCUUGAAUUUAGACUCUCUGAAAUGCCAUUUCCUGGACUCUGGGGAGAGAUUUUACAGAAUUCUGAUGGUCAUAAAACUACAUUGUAACAUAUCAGAGGCCCUGACCAAUGUUUUUGCUCUAUUGCCUAAGCCUGGGGGCCCCCAUUUUGGUUGGGGCCCCCGGGUUCUCACGGUCUGAGCCCAUAGUAGUUACGCCACUGCUGAGAGUUAACCAAUAUUAGCAAAAGUUAAAACUUGGUUGAUAGGAAUGGAACUGCCUGGAAAAGGCAAGGGAAAUUCGAUGUUUUGAGCAUUCGUCGGGAAGUGAGUAGCCGAACUUCCCAACGAAGGAGUCAUUCAUUUUUUGACGAUUUUGAAAUAUGAAAUCAGUUUAUUUUUGACAAAAAAAAUGAAAAAUUUUUUUGUCAAAAAUAAACUGAUUUUCAUGAAACACUGAUUGGUAAUAUUGGUUCCGCAAAAAAAUUCGCUGCCAAAAAGAUGGAUUAGUUUCCUCUACUCAAAACACACUCCACCCCUUGCCACGAGUGUGGGUUAAUUCAAUUUUUCGUUCAUGUUUGCAUUUAUUCCAUCUGUUGCGAAAUCUGGCCAUAAUAAAAAGUUUGUUUUUGGAGAGUGGAAACAUGAUAUGAAUUCUUUUUGGGCGCCAUAUUUUCAUUUUGGUAUCGUUUGUAAACUAUGUCUCUGAAUAUUCUCAUUUUUAUGAUCUGAAAUUCUGUAAGACGCGAAUAUUAUAAAGAUUCAAUAAAGAAAGACUCGGUGGAACGCGUGGGUGGUAUUUUUAUCCAAAUUUGACCACACUUGUGAGCACACGGAGAAAAGUUCAAAAGCUGAAAUCAUGUCUUGGAAAUGCGAGAUUUGUUACAAGGUAUUUUCAAAGAAAGGAAAUUUGGUGAAACAUAAAAGAACACACACUGGAGACAAACCUUAUGAAUGUGAUGUUUGCAACAAAAGAUUUUCACGGUCAGGUGUCUUAAAUGUACAUAAAAGAACACACACUGGAUACAAACCUUAUGAAUGUGAUGUUUGUAACAAAAGAUUUUUGAAUUCUGGCAACUUAGCAGUUCAUAAGAGGAUGCACACUGGAGACAAACCUUAUGAAUGUGAUGUUUGCAACAAAAGAUUUUCGCAUUCAGGUGCCUUAACUGCACAUAAAAGAACACACACUGGAGACAAACCUUAUGAAUGUGAUGUUUGCAACAAAGGAUUUUCACAGUCAGGUGCCUUAACUGUACAUAAAAGAAAACACACUGGAGACAAACCUUAUGAAUGUGAUGUUUGCCACAAAAUAUUUUCACAGUCAGGUGCCUUAACUGUACAUAAAAGGACACACACUGGAGACAAACCUUAUGAAUGUGAUGUUUGCAACAAAGUGUUUUUGCGUUCAUGCCACUUAGCUAGACAUAAAAGUACACAUACUACAGACAAACCUUACAAAUUUAAUGUUUCCAACAAGAGAUUUUCAGAAUCGCACAAGUUAACACAACCCAAAAUAUCAGCACACAAGAGAAACCAGAGUUUUGAGUGUGGUAUCUGCAAGAAGACAUUCACACAACAACAAAGUCUUAAACGUCACUGGAGAUCACACUUGAGAGAUGGCUUAUUAUUGUGCCACACCUGUGGCAAAGAAAUUAUUCAAGGACAAGGACAUGCCAAUGAGAUACUAAGUGAUGAUCGUUUUGUUUGUGAUAAAUGCAACAAACAGUUCCCUGAUAUUGAAAGUUUAUAUCAGCACAAGACCAAAGACCAUGGUGAGUUCUACCAAUGUGAUCUCUGUAAGGAGUUAGAAGCAAGAGAAGCAACUGGUGUAGGUUAUAUCUGUUGUGUCUGUGAUGCAGAGUUUGAAAUUGCCACUGAACUUGAAGAUCAUAUGAGGAUGCAUGAUUAUGUGCUGCCCCAUUAG